CAACCAAUCCUAAAAUACACAAUAAAAGCAACUCGACCGAUCAUUUUGGAAUAUACUGUACGUCUAAAUGUUCAGCGCCAUGUUACAAGUAUCGCAGUUACUAUCACAACAACAACGCCAUCGAGGGACAGAGCAACAAUGCAGACGACGACGGCGUCAGCAACAAAAGCAACAACAGAAACAAAUUAUGAUUCUUCUUACAAUUUUUACAAUAUUCUGGCCUCAGCCCGCUCAAAGCGCCGAUUUGGUCAUCAAUGUGCCCAAUGCCAGCUCGAAUGACAAUGCCUUCUAUCGCAUUGACUAUACUCCGCCAUUUGGCUAUCCAGAGCCAAACACAACCAUACCGGCCAGGGAGAUCGGUAAGGACAUUAAAUUCUCACGUGCUUUACCGGGCACAGAGUACAACUUUUGGCUGUACUAUACAAAUUCGACGCAUCGAGAUAUGCCGACAUGGACGGUCAACAUAACGACAGCGCCCGAUCCGCCGGCCAAUCUAAGCGUGCAACUACGCUCCAGCAAGAGUGCCUUCAUAACCUGGAAGCCGCCGACGACUGGUCGCUACUCCAGUUUCAAAAUAAAGGUGCUGGGCUUAACAGAGCCACCACAUAAUGAAUAUAAUCGUAGCUAUACGAUUGGUGGGAAUGAGACGCUGCAACUAUCGGCCAAAGAGCUGACGCCGGGGGGCACUUAUCAGGUGCAGGCGUACACUGUCUACCAGGGCAAGGAGUCAGUGGCUUAUACGAGCCGAAACUUCACGACAAAGCCCAACACGCCCGGCAAGUUCAUCGUGUGGUUCCGCAACGAGACCACGCUGCUGGUGCUGUGGCAGCCACCUUAUCCGGCCGGAAUUUACACGCACUACAAGGUAUCCAUCACGCCAGAUGAUGCCAUCGAGAGUGUGCUCUAUGUGGAGCGCGAAGGUGAGCCGCCUGGUCCAGCACAGGCUGCGUUUAAAGGUCUGGUGCCUGGACGAGCCUACAACAUAUCGGUGCAGACGGUAUCUGAGGAUGAGACAUCAGUGCCGACUACUGCGCGAUAUCUUACCGUGCCAGAGAGACCGCUGAACGUGACCUUCGACCCACAGUAUACGACCACAUCUACUUUUCGUGUACAGUGGGAGUCACCUAAAACAUACAGCGAGUACGAUAGCUUCCAAGUAUCGCUGUCCAGCUCACUGCGUCCUUUUCAUGUCCCCCGAACCGAUGCCCCCUACGUCUAUUUUGACUAUCCUGAGUUUUUGGAGUCGGGGAAAACGUACACCGUGGUGGUAAAGACGAUAUCGGACAGUGUGAACUCGUGGCCGGCCUCAGCUUUAGUGACGCUGCGUCCGCGGCCAGUGCGUAGCCUCCGUGGCUUCCUAGAUGACCAUAGUAAUGCCGUACAUAUCUACUGGGAGCCAGCGGAAACUGGAAAGCAGGACGGCUAUCAUAUCAGUUAUCAUGAGAAGAGCAACGAGACGGAGCCAACGCCUACCGUAUUGCAUACCGAUCAGACUGAGUACAAGCUGGAGAAGCUUCUGCCUGGGCGUCGCUACCGCAUUGCCGUGCAGGCCGUUUCCAAUGGUAUGACCUCGAAUGCCACCUACAUUACCAAGGAUACGCGGCCGGCGGCGCCCAUCAUACAGGAGCUGCGCAGCAUUCCGCUCGGCCUCAACAUUAGUUGGAAGAGUGAUGUGACAUCACAACAGGAUCGCUAUGAAGUGCACUAUCAGCGGAAUGGGACCACUGAGGAGCGCACCAUUACCACAAAUCAAACGAAUCUGGUCAUUAGAUAUCUGCACGCGGGCUCAGGCUACGAAAUCAAGGUCUAUGCCAUCAGUCACGACAUGCGCAGCGAGCCGCAUUCAUACUUCCAAGCUGUCUUUCCCAAGCCGCCGCGCAAUCUGACGUUACGCACCGUAAACACCAAUUUGGUGAUGCUACAUUGGUUGCCGCCGGAGGGCAGCGACUUCAGCGAGUACAUUGUGCGCUAUCGCACAAAUAAGUCACCUUGGCAGCGUUUGGUCAAUGUGCACGAGAGCCAUGCCCGCAUCGAGGACAUGCACUAUGGCGAACGCUAUCUGGUUCAGGUCAAUACAGUGAGCUUUGGAGUGGAAAGUCCCGCGCCCCUGGAACUGAACGUAACGAUGCCGCCGCAGCCGGUAUCUAAUGUGGUGCCACUCGUUGAUUCUCGAAACCUGACGUUGGAGUGGCCGCGUCCGGAUGGUCAUGUGGACUACUAUACCAUUAAAUGGUGGCCCACCGAUGCCCAACAGCUGGCACAGUACAAAAAUGUUACUGACCUGGCAGACCAGAACUCGUCUAGUGUGCGCAUCUUCGUCCACGAUCUGGACCCGGGAAAGCAAUACAAGUUUGAGGUGCAGGCCAGCUCAAAUGGCAUACGCUCGGGCAUCACACAUCUCUCCACGCGCACCAUGCCCAUCAUUCAGUCGGAUGUGCUUAUCUCGAAUGCCGAGAACGAGGAGCAGGGAAACAGCAUCACGCUCUCCUACACGCCCACACCGGGAACAACGACACGCUUCGACAUCUAUCGCUUCUCGCUGGGUGAUGAGCAAAUCAAGGACAAGGAGAAGCUGGCUAAUGACACAGAUCGCAAGGUCACAUUUACGGGCCUAACGCCGGGCCGCCUGUACAACAUAACCGUUUGGACGGUAAGCGGCGGCGUAGCCAGUCUGCCCAUACAGCGGCUUUAUCGUCUGUAUCCGUUGCCAAUAAAGUCUCUGGAAGCACUGCACAUAGGAGCAAACGAGAUUACACUGCACUGGAUCGCACCGGACGGCGAGUACACGGAUUUUGAACUUCAGUAUCUCAGUGCCGAUGAUCAAUUAUUGCAGAAUGCCACCACACAGAUGCAGCUGACGCUGCAACAACUGCAACCGUAUCACAACUACACUUUCACGGUAGUGGUACGCUCAGGAACAUCGUCGACUCUGCUGCGCAGCAGUUCACCCAUAUCGGCCAGCUACGAGACGAUGCAGGCGCCACCCGGACGCGUGGAGUACUUCCAGCCGUACGACGUGCAGCCGGGCGAAAUAACAUUCGAGUGGUUGAUGCUGCGACGGGAGGAGCACGGCCCCAUUGAAUACUUUGCUGUCACAUAUCAGAAUGCGUACGAUAUGGCCGAUGUGGGAAGCUAUGAGUUUGGGCCUCAGGACACUCAAGGGCGCAUUGGUGGCCUCGUUCCGGGCAACACCUACAUCUUUCGCAUACAGGCCAAGUCGGCUCUGGGCUUUGGCCUAGAGCGCGAGCAUCGGCAGCAGAUGCCGAUACAGGCACCACCACCACCAGACUCGCGCGUCACACCGAUCGAGAUGAGUCGCAGCUCCUCGACCAUACAGGUACGCUUUCGACAGAACUAUUUUUCGAAUGCCCAUGGAGUGGUGCGCCACUACACGAUCAUUGUGGCCGAGGAUGUGGGCAAAAAUGCCUCGGGCUUAGAGAUGCCCAGUUGGCAGGAUGUGCAGGCCUAUACAGUUUGGCUGCCGUAUCAGGCAGUGGAGCCGUUCAAUCCGUUCACCAAUCGCACCGUCGAGGACUUCACCAUUGGCAGUGCCAACUGCGAGAAGCACCAACCAGGCUACUGCAAUGGUCCCCUGAAAGCGGGCACCACAUAUCGCAUAAAGGUGCGGGCCUUCACCGACGAGGACAAGUUCACGGACACAGCCUAUAGCGAAUCCAUAACCACCGAUCGUAAUGAUGUGGUAUGGGUAGCUUCCGCAGUAUUUGUAUUCCUGUGCAUCGCCUGCAUUGUGUCUGUGGUCGGAUGUUUCCGCUAUCGCUGCAAUCGCAUACGCUGCGCUGCCAAAGUAGCCCGCAUCAACGAUGAGUUGGCACUGCCCGAGGGAUAUAUUACGCCCAAUCGACCUAUUCAUAUCAAGGACUUUCCGGAGCACUAUCGCAUCAUGAGCGCUGACUCCGACUUCCGGUUCAGCGAGGAGUUCGAAGAGCUGAAGCAUGUGGGACGCGAUCAGUCCUGUAGUUUUGCAGAUUUGCCUUGCAAUCGGCCCAAGAAUCGCUUCACCAAUGUCCUGCCAUACGAUCACUCCCGAUUUAAGCUACAACCUGUUGAUGAUGAUGAUGGCUCCGAUUAUAUCAAUGCCAACUAUAUGCCAGGUCACAACUCCCCGCGUGAGUUCAUUGUUACCCAGGGUCCGCUGCACUCGACGCGCGAGGAGUUCUGGCGCAUGUGUUGGGAAAGCAGCUCGCGUGCCAUUGUGAUGUUGACGCGAUGCUUCGAAAAGGGGCGUGAAAAAUGUGAUCAGUACUGGCCGGUGGAUCGUGUGCCCAUCUUCCAUGGCGACAUUAAGGUGCAACUCAUCACCGAUACGCAUUUCCAGGACUGGACCAUAUCAGAGUUCAUGGUCUCUAGGAAUUGCGAGUCACGCAUUAUAAGGCAUUUCCAUUUUACCACCUGGCCGGACUUUGGGGUGCCCGAGCCGCCGGCCUCGCUUGUUCGGUUCGUGCGAGCGUUUCGGGAGGUCAUCGGCACCGACAUGCGACCCAUCAUUGUGCACUGCAGUGCGGGUGUUGGACGCUCGGGCACCUUCAUUGCACUCGAUCGGAUAUUGCAGCACAUCAACAAGUCGGACUAUGUGGACAUCUUUGGCAUUGUGUUUGCCAUGCGCAAGGAGCGAGUGUUCAUGGUUCAGACGGAGCAACAAUAUGUGUGCAUACAUCAGUGCCUGCUGGCGGUUCUUGAGGGCACGGACCAUAUACUGGCUGAUUCGCAUGAGCUGCAUGGGAACGAUGGCUAUGAGGGUGAGUAGAAAGCUUGAAGACUUCCUUUUUUUUUUUGUUGAUGCCUACAAGGAUGUUGCCGUCGCCUUUCCUUCAGAACUUCCGCUAUUUAAAUCAUCUUUUUGACUAACCAAACCACACAAGAACAAAACAAACAACAGCAACAACAACAUAGCUACAAAAAGAACAAGAACAACAUCACACAAGUCUGUGGUACAAAGUGUUGAGAUAUGCGCUGGCCGAAUGCUUUUU